AUGUUCCUCCAAACCAUCCAUCCCACCAACACUCUAGACAAGAUCAUCUCCAACAUGAGGUUCUUGCUCCUGCCUCAUCCUUCAUUACUCAUUUAUUCGUUGCUAUUCAAGGCCAUCUUGGGAAAACCCUUUGUUCACCUGGUCUUCUCCCACAAUUCCACCUGUCUUGAUUCCCAAGCUGUGCCUGCAUGCUUUGGACCGCCGCUUUCACACGGAGGUCUGAAGGGGUAUCUCAUUGAAGCCGUGCCUGCAAAUGCCUGCCACCCUAUAGAAGCCCCACCAGUUUCCCAAAGGUCCCCCCCAAGCUCCAUCGUGCUCAUCCGCAGGUAUGACUGCCCCUUCAGCAUCAAGGUGCUCCACGCGCAGAAAGCUGGGUACCAAGCUGCCAUCAUCCAUAACCUCUACUCAGAUCUGCUAGUGAGCAUGUCUAUUGAAGUGGAAGAGACACGGCAGCAGAUCUUGAUUCCUUCCUUCUUUAUUGGCGAGUCAGCCUCCAAGCUCUUGAGAAAGGUGGUCCAUUCCAAAAAUGAGACUGAAGUCCAAGUGGUGGUACCUUGGGGUUACUACAAUCCCUGUUGGGACAACAUCGGUAUCUCUGUUUGGGACCCAGCUCGGCAUCACCUCCAAGACUGGCCUGGUUAUUGCACCCAGCUAAUGAUCAUUGAAUUCCUCCAGGAGUUUGGGGUUGUGAUCCUCCUAAGCAUGGGCAUCAGUCUCUUAGUGCUUGCUGCUUGCGUGAAAUGGUGCUGGAAGAGGAAGGGGAUCAAAGUGAAGACCUUCAAAAGAGGGGACAAGUACGACUUGUGCGUCAUCUGUAUGGCCGAGUACGAGGCAGGCGACCGGCUGAAGAUUCUGCCUUGUGCCCAUGCCUAUCACAACACUUGCAUCAAUACGUGGCUUCUCAUACAGCCGAGGACAGGGAAGAUCUGCCCGAUUUGCAAACAGCAUGUUGACAUGACAACUUAG